ACUCGUUCCUUGCUUGAUUUCAGUCGAGAGGGAGGCUUCACUCCGUCAGGAGAUACUUGUUAUCAUAGUUCGCUUAACUCACUCAUUUCAUGCCGUGUGUUACGUAACUAACUGGCCAGAAAAGCAUCACAUUUAGUCCGGAUUUUCGUCAAAAUAUUAAAUAUUUUCCCCCACCGACUUUCUCUUUCUGAGAAAAAUUCAUUCUGGAGAAAGCAGCAGCAGCGACCAAAGUAAUAAUAACGGGAUAAACGGAAGCAGUAUCAAAUUUCCGGAAAUCUUGAGUCAACCGUGUCUGUCUACUUCAUCCUUGUUUGUAGUUUUGCAUACGUAAUGCGAUAUUGAGGUGGAGAAAGAGCAGAGAAAGCCGAGGAGAAAGUGGGCUUAGCAGGGAAAGUGUUGCCGUGAGAGAGUUGGGCAUAGCUGGCUGGCUGGCUGGGUGUUGUAAUAAAGAGAAAGUGCGAGUGAUUUUAUUAUAGGAGAAAGUACAACCAAAGACGAGGACGAUGACGGUGUGAGCAGAUCGAUAUCAUCUCGUGCUCCCAAAAAACAUAACUUGCACCACCAGCAGCAGAGUUCUUCUUCUUCCUCUUUUUCUUCUCAGUAAUAAUAAUAGUAACGCAACAGGCUUCACCACCACAGACACCACGGCCACGAUUCGGUAUCAGCAUAUCAGCACUCCCAACAAGUAAUAAGUAGCAGGCACACAGUUACUUUCUUUGCAUGUCGAGAGGAGCAGAAUUAUUAUUCUAAUCGACGAGGAGGAGGAGGAGGCGGAGGAAGAGAGACAAGUAAUCGUCGAGUGUGUGAUUAGCAAUACCGAUAAAUUUUACAAAACUCGAAUGCCUGCGUGUACCUGAAGUUUCGUUGUUUCUGGGCCCAAUCAAUUCCAUUCCUACUACACAAAUAUUCAAAAUAAUGUGGAUUACAAAGUAACAAAGUUCCUUGGACUAAUAUACAUUUUAUCGCUAGGAUUAUCUAUCGCGUGUCGUGGUGGUGUUUUAUUUUGCCUGGUGGACAGACUGUUUAUUAUUUUGCCUAAUUUUUUCCUGGGUUUUCUCAUACCCGAUAAGAAGAGGCAAGGCUGAGUUGUGUUGUCUCUCUAAAUUUAAUCAAGGGUCAGAAAAUGUGCCUUUCCAUCUUAAUUUAACCUUAUUGCAUACACCUUUUGUUCCAUUGAGAAGAGAAGCCUCUUCGUAUUUUCUGUGCCCAAUUUCGGAUUUUUUUGUCACACGAGGAAGUGCAAUAAGAAGAUGCCUCGAGACGAGGAGAAAGCACCCGCAAUUCCGCAACAGCAACAACAGCAGAAUAAAGCUCCUCUCAGCAAGAUCUUGCUUGUUUGUAUGAUAAGUUAUGUGGGUUAUCUUCUCCUGGGAGCGUGGUGUUACUACGUGGAGCAACGGCAUGAGGAGGAAUUUCACAAUCAAAAAUCUCAAGAUGCAGAUUGGGCGGAGAAAGGACUCGUUCUCGAGUUACGUGUCGCCACGAGUCUCAUGAUCUUUUCUGCUAUCAGGAUUUUCCUCCUUUUCAUCUUCAUCCUCGAAAAGGUUGCCGACUUGGAGACGGUAUCCAUAAUUUGGUUAUCCAUCUCGACCCUUCUCAUGAUGGCUGCCUAUUUCACGGCGUGUCUAAACUUGGACGUCUUCAUUCACAUCCAUCCCUUCUUCAUUACUCUCUUCUUCGUCUCCAUAGGCCUGGAUUUCCUCGGCAACGUGCUCGUCAUCGUUCGACACAAUAACUUUUAAAGGGUCGAAACCCUCAUGUCUUUCUCAACCUAGAAGAACAAGUACCAAAAAACUAAAACUAAUAAUAAGAGUGCCACAACCUUAUCACACAACCAAAAACCAAAACCACGAGACUAACCAAAAAACCAACCAAUAUCGAUAACCCAUUAGACUGUCUUUAAAUACAAAAAAUAUACUAAAAUUCAUCCCGAGAUAUACAAAUUAGCGGAGGACUCGAUAAGUCAUGAUCAAAAUGGUUAAAAUCAGCACAUUUUAAAUCAUUCUCGCCUCUAGGAAUUUAUUUUAAAAUUCUGAAAAACAAAUUUGUACUCAAUAAGUUGAUUCAUAAGAUGACACCGAGUUUUUAAUGAGUUCUAAUUUUCUGAAAGCUUCGUAAACUUGAGAUCUCCUCCUUCAAAAGCUGUCAAAAUCUAAGUACACAUUUUUAAAAAAUUGGCAAAUCCCUCUUCUAAAAAUUCAUGUUUCAGAAUUUUAAAAUAAAUUCCCAGAGCCGAAAAAUGAUUAAAAAUGUACAUAAAAUUUUGACCAUUUUGGCCAUGAGUCAUCCAAUCCUAAUUCGCCACCCUCAAAACAAUAUCAUUACAUUACUUACUUACUUAUACGAAAAGAGAGCGAGUUAUUAUUCAGGACGAGCGAGUCUGCUAAUUCACCAAUUAAUCAAUACCUUACGUAUUUUAUUGAUUACUCGCAUGCCUCAUGGUGGUGAUGGGUGGGUAUAAAAGUAAAUAAUGUGUUCAUAAUCAUCAACUGUAGUUACAUAAAUAUGCAAAACCAAAACCAAAGUAUAUCAGACAGAGUAUUAAUUAUCCUACAAAAACAUUAGCGUUAGUAACGCCGCCGCCGACGCCGCCGCAAAAAUCGUAAUCGUAAUCGUACACCUGUGUGACUUCUUGCCAAAAUAUGAUGCAACCAAAUUAUCAAUUAUCAUGCAAUUAACCGUUAAUAUUCUUAGGAUUAGAGACAUAUGUAAAUGUAAACCAAACCAACGAAACUCAUAUUUAUUCAACCAAACAAACCAAUACAAACAACAAAACUCAUCAUGUUCAAUAAAAAAAAUUAGUGUGUAGUGAGUCAAUUAGUGCCGGACCGGAGAGAGAUAAAUAUGUAUAAUGUUAAAAUAGAGAAUUAUGUAAAUAUGUAAUAUGUAAAUUAAAUAGUUAGUGAUAGAUAAAUGUAUUAUUAUUAUUAUUUAUGUUAAUCAAUACUCGGUUAGUGAGAUAGUGCAAUUUUCAAGUUUUAUAUAGAAUUUACCAUCCAGCAUGGCCACGAUACAUAUUUAGAGAAGCAUAUUUAUAGUUAGUUGGAUAUACCGAAAAAAGUAUACUAUUCCUAUACACAGCACACGCAAUAUGUAAAUGUUAACCCGACCGGUAAAUGUAAGGACAAUAAAGUACCUUUUUUCCUAGAAAAUAAUAA